ACAAUGCCUUGCGGUGUCCCAGUUCAGAUGCAAUGCAUUUACUAGCAGGAGUAAUGAAAUGGGUAGAGGGUGAUUUUCCGCAGCUUACUAGUCAGACCGCAAGGACUAGCGCACAGACAGCGCCGCUACAAACUUUCAGACAACGGGCUCAGCGUUAGACCUGAUUUUCCGUGGGCGCAGUUGCUCUUUGGUGUUACCGUUACUUUGUCGCAGUUCGUGGAUGUGAUUUAUUGGAUUGUGCUCAGAAAUGACGUUGGAGCUCAUUCUUUGCCACCACAGCAAAUAUUUUACCUGAACUUCAGUUUGGAUUAUAGCCUCGUGUCUUGGAUCGCGGUUGCUUUAUCGGUAGUUAAAGCGUGAGGAGCGAACACCAGAGAGGACACAGCUGCUCCUUGUUCCCUGCAACAUAACCUGCAGCCGGUGCCAAGGAUGAUGCCAUCCCAUCACAGCCGAACCAGACUGACCUGACCUGACCCGACCUAACCUGCCCCCCCCCGACCCCCACCACACCCUGAUCUACCAAACCGUGCCCCUGCCCAGCACCGUGCCCCUGCCCAGCAUGGAGCUGAAGGUCUGGGUGGACGGAGUCCAGAGGGUCGUCUGUGGAGUCACCGAGGCAACCACCUGCCAGGAAGUUGUCAUCGCUUUGGCCCAGGCCAUAGGUCGCACCGGGAGGUACACUCUGGUGGAGAAGUGGCGAGACAGUGAGCGUCACCUGGCCCCUCACGAGAGCCCUGUGGCGUCCCUGAACACCUGGGGCCAGUACGCCGGGGACGUCCAGCUCAUCCUGCACCGCACCGGGCCCUCCCUGACGGAGCGCCCGCCCUCCGAGGGCCCGCCCCUGAGGACGCCGGAGCGCGGCCUCCACCGGCAGAGCCUCCCGCCCCUCGCCAAGCUGCGCCACCCCAACGAGCGCUCCCUGCGCCGCCGCGAGCCCCGGCGCAAGUCGCUGACGUUCACGGGCGGGCCGAGGGGCCUGCGGGACAUCCUGGGCGGGGGUGGCCGCGGGGCGGGGGAGGCCGAGGGCAAACGGCGGCUGCUGCUGGGGAACGGAGGGGGGGGGACGCCCCACCACGCGGGGGCAGGGGGGGCACCGUCCCCGUGGGCCUGCAGGGCCGAGGACCUGGUCCGGCUGGUGGGCCUGCAGAGGGACACGCUGGGGGUGCUGGAGAAGAGGCUGGAUGCCUACGAGGCCGAACUGCAGGCGCGGGGCGGGGGGAGGGGAGGUGGAGGAGGAGGGGGGGACGCGGGAGGAGGAGGAGGAGGAGGGGGAGGCGGGGGUCUGUCGGAGGAGAUCGCGAGGCUGGAGAGGAGGCUGAGGAAGAACGAGGUGGAGAUGGAGGAGGAGGAGUUCUGGGCAAGCGAGCUCCAGAUCGAGCUGGAGAGCGAGCGGCAGCUGGAGGACAGGCUGGAGGAGCUGAGGGGGCGUCUGCAGGGGUGCGAGCUGGAGCUGGAGGAGAGGAUGACCCUCAUCCUGGACGUGGAGGCGGGGCUGGAGGAGGAGCGCCUGCAGCGGGAGCACCAGGAGACCCAGCGGGUGAGCGAGGCCGAGGCCCGGGGCCAGCUGGUCAGGGCCAGGACGCAGGUCAAGGCCCAGGAGAGGCAGGCGGUCCAGCUGGAGAGCAGCUGCCGGGCCGUGGAGCGCUCGCUGGGGCAGAGCGGGAAGAGACUCCAGGACCUGCAGUAUGAGCUGGAGCAGCUGACCAAGGAGCUGAGGCAGGUGAACCUGCAGCAGUUCAUCCAGCAGACAGGGACCAAGGUCACGGUCCUGCCCGCUGAACCCAGCGAGGACGAGGGCAGCCUGCCAGGCCAGGGCAGCCUGCCAGGCCAGGGCAGCAGUCCGGGCAUAGAGUUAGUGCCUCUCUCCGGCUCCCUGAAGCGUCCAGUCUCCUCCCACCUGAUGCCUGGUCACCUGCGUGGGCUUCACAGCCCCCUCACCUCCGGCCUCAACCCAGAGGGCAUCUACGUCUGAGGGAUGGGGUCGGGCUCCACGCCCCCUGGGGUCUGUACCCUGCACCACCCCACGGAGCCCCGCUGACGGGAUGUCUAUACAGUGACAGGAUACCUCAGUAGCACUUACCUGUCUCCUAUCUCCUUCACCUGUCUCCUAGGCCCUGUCUCCUCUCUUGACUUCUCCCCGUCAGUACUGGUGUGCCGUUAUAGUCCAAGCCUCCUCUGUAUGCAAACCCUCUCACAGAGAAC